AUGGAGAAGCUGGCGACCAGUCUCCACGACAUUCUGGAUCCCGAGCCUCCGCCGCCGACCAAGCCCUUCGUCCCCGUCUCUCUGAAACGCUCCGUCCUUCACGACGUGGCCCGCGGGCUCUCGUUCCUGCACAGCCACUCUCCGCCCAUCAUCCACCGCGACUUGUCGGCCAGAAACGUUCUCCUGAACGAGGGGAUGGUGGCCAAGAUAGCCGACCUGGGCAUGGCUCGCAUCGUGCCGAGUCUGCGAGCUUCCACCAUGACCAAGGCACCAGGAGCCUCCAUCUACAUGCCUCCAGAGGCUCUGGAAGACGAAUCGAGAUACGACGUCACAAUCGAUAUCUUCUCUCUCGGAGUUCUCGCAAUUUUCACUCUUCCCAAAUGUUUCCCAGACCUCUGGCAGCAGCGUACAUGGACGACAGUGAGAGGAUGGUGGGUCGAACAGAGUUUGAGCGUCGUGGCAACUACAUGCGGGAGGUAA